AUGAAAUUGCUCAUUUUGCUCAUCUGUGCUCUUUUUGCUGUUUCUACAGUAGCUGCAAAUGGGGUGAGAUUUUCAACAUUUGAUUUUGGUUUCACAAAUCUAUUUCUAGCUCGAAAAGGACUGUUUGGUUGCAGUUGAAGAAGCUCAAAAAUACUUGGAAAAUGAUGAAAACGCCCCAGAAAUCGAGGAAUUCCUCGAAGUAGGUGACCAUUUUUAACACAAAAAUUAUCUACCCUUUUUUCAGAAACGGCUCUGCAAAAUUCUACCAAAAUUGGAUGGAGUUUGCUCGCUUUUUGUCGGACAAUUCUUCCCUCAAAUUUUGGAAUUGAUCAGAAAUUCGACUAAAAAUUCGGCUGAAACUUGUGAAAAGAUUGCAGAAACUUUUCCGUUUUGA